AUGGCAUCCAACAAGCUUCUUCACAUCUUGAUCGCUUUCGCGCUUCUUUUUUCAAGCACAACGUCAUCUUUGGAUUCCAUGGAAGACCCGGAAACUUCAACCAUUCCAGAGCAAGACACCGGUGCAGAUGACUCGUUGUCAUUCCCCUCGCCUUCACCUUCAAUCGACUACCCAUACAUGUCUCCACCUGCAGAUUUGGCUCCAACGCUCCCUUCCUCUCCGUCAUUCGGCAUGUCCCCUGCUCCGGAACCGGAAGAGGCUAGGAAUACCACCGCCGCUAAUGUAGAGAGUGAAAAACCCAAGGAUUCUUCGUCAAAAGGGCUGACCGGCGGGAAGAAGGCAGGGAUUUCGAUCGGAGUUGUCGCCGCUGUGUGUGUUGUUGGAUUUGGAGGAAUGCUGUACAAGAAACGGAAACAGAAUAUUCAUCGAGCGCAAUUAGGUUAUAUCGCCAGAGAGGAUUUCAUCUAA